AUGGAGAGUGAUCGACAAACGCACCCACUCCUCACACCGUUAAACAACCCUCAACAAGAUCAAACCAACACUACUGCAGUUUUCACCUCCAAAUUCGAUGAUAUUCCUCCGAUCACCAGCGCCGGAACCUUCGCCAGAGGCUUCCUCAAUGAGUCAAAGAAACUCUGGUACCUUGCCGGCCCGGCGAUCUUCACCUCCAUCUCUCAAUACUCCCUCGGCGCUGUUACUCAAGUCUUCGCCGGUCAAGUCGGUACUCUCCAACUCGCAGCCGUCUCUAUUGAAAACUCCGUCAUCGCCGGUUUCUGCUUAGGCAUCACGAUUGGGAUGGGAAGUGCGUUAGAGACGCUAUGUGGACAAGCUUUUGGAGCAGGAAAGCUUGAUAUGUUAGGAAUAUACAUGCAAAGAUCGUGGCCAAACAACAGCCAUAUCAGAGACUGCGGGAGUUUUCACAUUAUGGAUGAUUCCUCAGUUGUUUGCUUACGCGAUGAAUUUUCCGGUACAGAAGUUUUUGCAGGCGCAGAGUAG